CAACACAGUUCAUCCAACCUCGCUACCCGCUGUGCCAGGUCCCUGCGUCACAGCAUCAGCAGCAGCAUCAGCAGCAGCAGCAUCACCACCUUUGGAGAAUCGAUCCUGCGGCGGACUGUAGAUGAUGUAGUCUUCACCCUGAUCCGCGCCUACUGAUCUGACCAUACCACGCUGCGACGACUAUCUUGCCGCCGUCACGACCGCAAGGAGUACGACGCCGGCGACGUCCGCACUUUACUACUCCCCACUGGGCCAACAAUCAAACGCCAUUGACAUCCCCUUACCCCGUCUCCAACCUCUCCCCUGUCGCUGUCUUCACAACCACAGCUACCUUGGGCUGCAUCCGCAGACGAAGAAGUGCGCCAUGUCCGUUGGACCUGCAAAUAGUCGCCAUGCCGCCGACGAAGAGGCUCGCGCCGAGGUCGAUGUGCUUAACUCGAGGCUCGAGAAGACCUCCCAACUGACUAAGAAGAUCCAAGCAUGCAUGGGAAGGUUAGAGUCUACCGGCAAGAGCGUACGCGAAGUCGCUGGUCCCUUGAGCGGAGAGACCAAGAAGCUUCAGGUCCUGGGCAACAACAUCGAUGCCGUUCUCGCAGCCAUCGAGCGGCUUCGCCAACCUGCCGAUAGCAAGAACGACGAAGAACAAAUCAUCCGAGCUGGCCCCGACAAGUCUGGUCUUUCCAACUACCUGGCCUCGAUCAAGCGACUGUCCAAGGCCCUCGCCGACAUGCAGGCCUCUAACCUGCGAGCGAACCAACAGACAAUGGCAGAGCUAGUCCGCUUGAUUAAGUCGGGUAACUCGCAACUUGAGGGCCAUUUCGACAAACUACUCCGGGGAGAGACGCCUCGCUCGGUAGAGCCGCUCCAUUACAUUACGAAGGACAUGCCAUUCCCAGUUCUGUCCCAAGACAAGGUUGCGCGCUUAGGCCUGGUCAAUUCGUACAUCUCGGGCAAUCAUCGCCAGAGCGGCGGCGGCAGCGCUGCUCCUCAAGAUUCAUCGACGGCUAAGAUUUACGCCGAAAUACGCGGCCCUUACCUUUCGUCUACGUUGGCCAACCUGGCCGCCGCUAGCGUUAACACGACUAAGAAGAAGAAUCCCGACGCCAUCUAUCGCGCUGGCACCAACGGCAUCGGCACAUACGCGCAGGCCAUGGAAGGUCUCUUUCUUGCCGAGUACGACAACAUCUGCAGUAUCUUCACGCGUGAGGACUGGGGCCCUCUGUUCCAGGCCACAUGCCAGGCCGCCAUGGCCGAGCUUGCCCGCACCCUGCGAGAGUUGAAUAGCCAUAUCAAGGGUCACUUAAACACAGAUUGCUACCUCGCUUACGAGAUCACCGAGAUAAUGUCGGGCUUGUCGAGCAACUUGGAAACACGUACUGGCGAGCUCAAAUCAUCGCUUGCUGCAGCGCUCCGGCCUGUACGGGAGACUGCCAAAGUGUCGUUGGGAGAGCUGUUGGACGACACGAGACGAAGGAUCACUGCCAUGCAAGCACUUCCUCAAGACGGCGCACCGAUACCCAUCGUGUCCGAGACCAUGCAGCGUCUACAGACCAUGGUGGAGUUCUUGCGGCCAAUCUCAAGUAUCAUGUUCUCCUUGGGUGACGGGGGAUGGAAAACCAACGCUGCUACCGACGGACGGUCCACUGAUGCGAUUCCAAGUCUCGCUUCCUUUGACAUUGGUGCCGACGGCAAGGAAAUUUUUUCCCAUUACUGCUCGGACACGGUCGAUAUGCUUAUGACAUCGCUUGAUCAGAAGGCCAGGCUGGUUCUCAAAGGUGGCCGGGCUGUCAUUGGUGUGUUCUUGGCCAAUAGUGUUGUCAUUAUUGAACGAAUGAUCCGCGACUCGGACCUCGCGCCUCUUCUUGAAGGACGGAUGGGAAUGUUGGACCAGUGGCGCAAGAAGGCGACAGGCAUGUACACCAUGGAUUGUAAAGAGGUGUCGACGCACUUGUUUGAUGUCAUUCACACAAGCAAGCAACGGCCCACGUCAGGCCAGGCCGACUCGGCUUCCAUUCUCAAGGGCCUGAGCAGCAGGGACAAGGAUAACAUCAAGGGCAAGUUCCAGGCGUUCAACGCCUCCUUUGACGAGAUGGUCAGCCGGCACAAGACAUACAAUAUGGAACGGGAGGUGAGACAGAUAUUCGCCCGGGACAUUCAGCAGAUGCUUGAACCCUUGUACAACCGUUUCUGGGACCGAUACCACGAGGUUGACAAGGGCAAAGGCAAGCACGUCAAGUACGACAAGGCCGGAAUAGCCGCCGUCUUUGCGACGCUCUACUAGGCAGGGGCUUUGGUUUUCGUAUGAUCACAUGAGGUUUCUGAUCCUCGUUCGGUGGCUUUUGUCUUGUUUUUGCAAGUGGAAAUAGCGGGCGUCUCGGUAGCGAAGAGCAAAGCCUGGUUUGGCAAAUGUAUCUCCUGUUAGUCUGUUUUGCCGAGUCCCGCCCUUUUCUGGUUUGAAAAAUCCCCAGGAAAAAUUCAGGGAGGAUCAUUUGGGCGCCAGAAGCACAGCAGCAGCAGUGGCAUCUUAUAAGGUACGCAGCUCGCGUAAUAACGUCGCCCGCGGUGCAUAGCCGACAAUGACAUUGAUAGGCUUGAGCACCAGAACAAUCUGUUGGUA